UUCUUGUUUUACGGUUUCUCUUAUUGUAUACGGUGGAGUGUGUGUGUGUGUUUAUGGUCUGUAGAUGUAGUGUACAUUUUUUAUUUAGUCUUGAAGUAAGUAGCAUUAGUUUGACGUCAUAUGUAGGUGUUUACUGUCUACAGUUGCGGUAAUAGCUGGUACUGCUGUAUGUAUGGUUUACAGAUCCUGACACCUCCUAAAUUAUGUAUACUGACUGUUGCCACCUUCAGUAGACGUCCGUUUUGGAGCAGCGUCCCCAAUGGGCCUGCAACUUAAACUUCAGUGAAGACAGCAAGCGGACGGCAAAGAAUGUGGCAGAGCGUUGGGCUCACCCUGCUGGUCAUCGUCGCCACCCUCGCGUGUGUCCUGCUCUUUAUGUUGUUUGGAUGGUAUGUUGUGUGGCAGUUGUUCCUGUCAAAAUUCAAAUUUCUGCGGGAGCUAUUGGGGGAUACGGGGUCCCAGCAUGGUGAUAUUGAAGAGUCAGAAAAAGAUACUGAAAGAGAGAUGCUAUCCACACCCCGUCACCGGCCGAAGAGUGCACGGCAGCGCAAACUACUAACUGAGGAGACGACUUAAAAGGUCCCAGGCAGCCUGGUGUUGCUUUUUGAGUUGACUGAACUCUGGGAGCUCAUCUUACAUUUACGAUGGUAUUUGAGAUAGCUAACUUUGUAUUCACUGCUGCUUUAUUGUAAAAUACUGUAUCCAGGUACCACCUAUGUCUGUCGGUAACAUCACAUGCUGCUACUUGCACAUGGAUAUCAUAAAAUGUUAUAUUUGGGUUCGUCCCAAAUACAGAUUCAUAUUGUGCUUGCCAAAACUGAAAUUACAGUCUUUUAGUUGUAGAAUGACACUCGACAACCAGGGCCAUCUUGGUUUCAUCUGACAUAUUAUGGUUCAUUUUGAGAUGGACACCCAGAAGGUCACGCUCUUGCUUACUAGAAUCGGUUAUGUUUUGUCUUGUAAAUGGAGGCACUUUCAGCCAAAUGGAUGUGUUCUUAGAGGCAACAACUCCUGAUGUUUCCUCAAUGGGUGCAGUGAGAAACCAACCAGGUGGUUGACUUUUUGGCCAUUACACUCUUACUUGCAUGGCUUGAGGAGCGCUGCUGUUUAUAUACUCAUAAAUAUAUUUAAAGAAAAGUAAAAUAAAUACUGGACUUUGUGGUUGAGCAGGAUUGUGAAAUACAUGUCAUGUUGCACAUUAAUAGUUUUAUUCCCCUUUUUGUGUGGACCUCUAUGUAUAGUUGAUUUUAUUGUGAAUUUGGUUUUUAAUACAAUCUUAUAACACAGUCUUCAGGAACACCAUACACUGUUUAGUUUAUAUAUGUAUUUCACAAUUUUUACCAUAGCUGUUGUCCUUAAUAAUAAAUAUAUUUUAAAGCAA